AUUACUCUGACUCUGGUAACGUGACUUCCUGGUAACGUGUUAGGUAGGAAAAGCAGUAAAAAAGUGCAUAUUAAGGGAGCAGAUUUGAAAUAAUAUUUAUACUUAACAAGAAAUAAUUAAAGGUUCAAUGGGGAGACCUAAAGAUUUACGCAUAUGGGAGCACUACCGUACUUUACCAAACAAGUCUGUUUCUUGCAAGCUUUGUAAUAAGGUCUACAAAUUCAGUAAUGCUGCCAAAAUGCUUCAACAUCUUAUCACUUGUCCAAAAUCUCCAGAAACAUUAAAAGACUCUAUGAAACUUAUAAAAGAUAGCUCGUCCAAAACCAAAAUGUCUGGACUGUCAGAGAUAGAGACAAAUGAUUCUUUUAUAAGCCCCUCGUCGUCUGCUAACACUACAAUAAAUGCUGAGUUUCAAGACACCGAUGAUCAUAUAAAAACAGAAUUAGCGAGAGCUAUAUUUGUAACAGGGACGCCAUUAUCGAUGGUGCAACAUCCUUUAUGGAUACAAUUUUUCGAAAAAUUGCAACCAAAAUUUAAAAUACCUUCACGUAAAGCUUUAGCGACAAAAUACUUAGAUAAAAUAUAUAGAGAAAUGCGUUUUGAGUUAAAUGAGGAACUAAAUGCUUGUAGUUACUUACACCUUCAGUGCGAUGGCUGGUCUAAUUUAAGAAAUGAAGGAAUAAUAAACUUUCUUAUAUCAAAACCUCAACCUGCAUACGUUAAAAGUUUGAAUACAGAAAGUAAUCCUCACACUAGUGAAUACCUUAGCCAAGAAGUUGAAAAAGUAAUGAAAGUGUAUGGAGCAAAUAAGUUUCUUGUACUUAUUGGCGAUAACGCUAGAAAUAUACAAAAGGCAUUCGAAUUAACAAAACUCAAAUAUCCACAUGUUGUUCCUCUCGGUUGCUGUGCACAUAUCCUUAACUUGUUGUGCCAAGAUAUUGUAAAGAUACAAGAAGUAACUGUGUUUAUUAUGCAAGCCAUAAAUAUAAUAAAAACUGUUAAAAGGAGUCAACGAUUAAGUUCCUUGUUGAUAAAAUCAAGGCAGGGUGAAGAUUCUACACAAACACUAAAAUUGCCUUGUGCUACAAGAUGGGGAAGUCAUGUUACUUCGUUAAAAAGUUUGAAAGCAAAUAAGAUAGCUUUGCAAAUAUUAACAGUUAGAGAAGAUGUGGUAAUUUCAAGAGAUAUUAAAGAUUUAAUUCUAAGUGAUGAUUUCUGGACGAAGACAGGGGAAUGUAUAAGUAUUUUGGAACCAGUCACUGAAAGCAUAUUUUACUUAGAGAGCGACCAGAAUCGUUUGCAUCGCACAUACAUUACAUUUAGAGAUGUACAAGCUAAGAUACGUUUUGCAUUAAAUGAGAUUUCGACAUUGAGCGAAGAAAGCAAACAGCAGAUUCUAACAUCAGUAUCUUCAAGAUGCAAUAUGGCAAUGAGGCCAAUACAUUUUGCAGCAUAUAUUCUAGACCCCAGGACUCUAGGAGUCGAACUUACUCAAGAGGAAGAACUUAAGGGUAUGGAGUUUAUCUACAAUUUAAGCCAACACUUAAGUUUGUCAAAUGUAAUGGCAGAUUUGGCGUGUUAUAAAGCUAAAGAAAACUUUUGGGCCAGAGGAUUUGUAUGGAGCUCAUUAGAUAGCAUUGAGCCCCUAAUAUGGUGGAAAGGUAUUUGUGGUUCCACUGAGUUAAGCAAAGUAGCGAUUCGUAUUCUAUCAGCUCCCUGUACUUCGGCAGCCACUGAGCGUUCCUUUAGUAUCCAAGGCUACAUACAUAAUAACAAAAGAAAUCGACUUACAACUGAAAGAACUGAAAAAAUUUCAUUCAUUUGUUAUAACUGGAAUCUUAAACAUAAAGCUGAAUGCGAGGACAUUCAGUUUAAUGAAGAAAAUACCUUAGAAGCUUUCAUUGAGCAAGUAAAUGAACAUAACAGUUUAGACGAAAUAGAGCCUAUCGAACCUAUACAAUUCAUCGCUUGUAAUAACUCUGAAUCUGACAGUGAUUGACUGUAGUUUUACAUUUUACUUUCAUCUCUUUCUUAAUAAACUCAAAAUCAAAUUAAAAGUUUUUUAUUCUGUAGGCUGCAUAAUAAUAUUGUCUAUGUCCAGUAUAGUGGACGUCUUGCGGCUGAGAUGACGAUGAUGAAGUACAAAAUCAUAAACACCCAAAAAUUUGGGUGUUUAUGGGGUUUAAACCCAAUAAACCCAAAACACCCGGUUUUUACCCACCAGACUUUAAACCCACCCAGGUGGAUUGCCCAUC